GCUGCAGUUUAAAUUAAUGUCAACCUGCCUUCACGCCGGGAGAACAAACCCAGCGCUGAUAGUGAAAGUACGUGCUCAGCGUAACUUGCGAGCCGCUCUUCACAUUAACAUGGCUCGACGGCCGAGAAACAGGUAAGUUUAAACGGAGCUAUUACUCUUUUAUUUCCAUUCUUUCUCAAUAUCUCCCGUUUUCUUUUACAAUACUCAUUAUUAGUGUUAGAUAAAGCGCGAGUAACGGAGUCGCGUGUGCGACUUUUUGCCAGACUUCAAUUUCAUUUGUAUAUAUAUUUAUUUGUAACUCCGUCUUUCGGGUCUCUUUUUUGUGUUCGCGAGCCGUUUUGUUUGUUUGAGUGGUCAUGUACUGGGAGUCUCGCUCGCGCGCCCAUGACAGGUGGUGGUCAUCUGGCAUGUGCGCUCCUCGCGCUGCUGUCAUUGGAGAGAGAGAGAGGGGGAGAGAGGGAUCUCUCACUACUUUACCAAGCACACACACACUCUCACACACGCACAGACGGAUUAAUAGUGAAGUUAAGCGGGUGGACAAACGCGUGCCACGAUGUAUAGGCUACUGCACGGAGCGUGGACAAUGCUUUAAAUAGAAGCUGAUUAUGGACACAGAAUCAAACUUACUGCAGCGUUGCGUCUUUAUAUCUCUGACUUCUCUCACGCAAACUACGCAGAGUUAUGAAACAUUUGCAACAAACUCAAAGUAAGGAUCUCGGUUUAGUUUAGGACGUUUUUUUAGGAUAUUGCUGAGGUUGAACAUCACCUUUUUAGCCACAUGGUCGGAUAAUUUCGUUUUCACCUGCAGAUUAGAUAAAGAUUUACCGUGGAGCUGGCACAAAGGUCACUUUAAACCCGCCUUUCUGAAACUUCAAGUAACAUCUCUGAAAACGAGGAGCACUCGCUCUUUAUUAUGGAAACUGCGCUUUCUACGCGUCCUCUACGCGCACUUGUCAUAAGUAGGGACUGCUUCUUUUAGUCUAGCCUAUGCGCCUUUUUCAGUCCCUUAAACCCCCAGACAUACUGUAGAGUAACUCACACUGCGCAUUAUUCUUUUGACAAGAUUUUGCACGGGUUUGGCAAACCUAGUUUUGAUUCGGGGUUUUAAUGUAAAGUCAUGCUUAUAAGCGGAGAAUCGGACGACUGUGCGUCCUAAAUCUACAUGCAACCCCCCUCAUUCUUUCAGUCUACAGAGCAGUUAUAUAGAUUGAUAUUUCAUGAGUUUCCAGCUUACUCAUCAUUCUCACCAUGACUCCACCAUGCAGUAUUGUUUGCCUUUGGUUGGUUGCUGUGUUCAUCCACUCUUCUGCAUUUCUAAUGGGUUGAUUGUCUUUUCAAUAAGACUGCUAAAUUGGAAAAAAAAGCCCCAUAAAUACAGUUUUGUUCUACUGCACCAAAAGCAGACUGUUGUACUUUAUUUUGAUGUAUUUUUGAUAAGGUCUCUGCCUUUGAAACAGGUUUUUAAACUGUUAGAUAUAGGGCCAAAAACAAGGAAGAUAGUCCACUAUAAAUAUGUGCACACACUCCUCUCUGUGGGGUUCCUGUUCACCUGUUGCUCUUUAUGACACUGAAGUACCCUACCUAGCUUCCACUUGCCUACCCCUUGAUCUGAUUGGUUUAGAGUCAGUAUGUGUGUGUGUGUGUGUGUGUGUGUGUCUGUGUGUGUGCGUGUGUGUGUGUGUCUGUGUGUCUGUGUGAGUGUUUCUGUUCUGCACAAUGCUACUGCAGGUCUGAACACGCCGGGGUCACGAAAUUAUGAUCACAUAUGCCAAUCCCAGUAUCUGUGGAAACAAAAAACAUUGGAACCUGUUCAUCCAUCCAUCCAUCCCCCUCCCUCCCUCCCUCUUUCUCUCUCUCCUUUUCUCUCCCCUUGUGGGUGUCUUGGCCCAGAGCCUGCACCCAAACCUUCAGGAAUGACUGGUUCUGUCUGUGUUGACACCUGAUGAGUUAAAGUUUGGGCUGAGUUCUUUGUUCCCGUGGAAAGAGUUGAUUAGGGAGUAGUUUGAAAAUAAAAAGGUUCUUAAUGUGCAAUUAUUUGUCCCUCUAUAGUGUUGCACUAUCCCUUUUCACACCAGCUCCGCUUGUUUUUAACUGUCUCUAUGUCUCUCUGUGCCUGCAGUGUUUACAGCAGCGAGGAGGAUGAGGAGGAGACAGAGAUGUAUGAACAUGAUUACGAUGGAUCAAUGGCCAAGGCGGGGAAACGCCACCUCGGCAAAACACGCUGGACACGUGAAGAGGUACACACAAUCAAACACCUGCUCUGAUGUACAAAGUAUUAAAGACAUCUCACACAUUUAGCAGAAACUGCCUCAGGAGAGAUCACCUGAAAAGAACCUGGGAACCUCUCAUUUUAUAAUAGUCUGGUCUAACCACAAUCACUAACACGAGUGUUCAUUUUGAAUGGCUGAUGUUCAUGUUCACUGCAGCAGCAUGUUUUGUAUGUCUGACUAACUUUAUUAUGUGUGGUUUUUUUUUAAGGAUGAGAAGUUAAAGAAACUUGUGGAGCUGAAUGGAUCAGAAGACUGGAAACUCAUUGCAAGCUUACUAACUGUAAGUGUUAAAUCUGAAGAUAAAGGAGGAACUAUUGAUUGAAAAAAAAAAAACAUCUUGUGAAAAAGAGGUCUUUGUGUUUUUCUGACUGACUCUUUAAAACUUAACCUUUUGCUUUCUUGCCUUCCAGAACCGUACAGAUGUGCAGUGCCAGCACAGGUGGCAAAAAGUUCUCAACCCUGAACUCAUCAAAGGGCCAUGGACCAAAGAGGAGGACCAGAGGGUAAGACUCUCAGAACUUGAAAAUGAACACAGAACUGAAUAUGUUGCAUACAGGAAGAAAAAAAAAACAAUAAUAAGAUAACCUUGAUCUUAAAAUAAAACAAUGUGGGACUACUUUUGAAGCGGCACAGCUUUAAAACUGUAAUAAAAGGCUUGUAAAAACCCAAGCAACCCAGAUAUGAACUUUCUCAAGUCAUAAAGUGUCAUCCAAGGUAAAACGAUGACUUGAUGUUCCUUUAAAGCAACCUUUCUGUAGCAACUCCUUGGCUGCUGUUGCACAUUCUUAGUUUCCCAAAAAGUAACUCCUUUAAGCCGUUACUCAAUAAGCGACAUUGAAAACCUCUUCAAACUUCAGUUAAGUAUUUAUUGAAGGAGUCCAGAGGGGUUAUAUUUCUGCCAUGAUACCACUGUAAUGAUUAGCUGAGUGGCUAACGUUCCACUGGAAACUCCCUCACUGCUUACCACCAGGUGCUCCCAAUCCCCUUUACAGACUGAAAGAUAAAGAAAGAGAGAAGGAAGGAAGAGAAACACGUCAUACUCUUUAGUGCUUUUGCAGAGUAAUUAACAAUACUAUUUGUCAUUUCUCUCUCUUUCUUACUUUCCCCCUGUGCUUUUCUUUUUACCUUGUUUUUCACUACACCCCUUCACUUCUCCCUCUCCUCCCUGUUAUUGCUCUUUCCUUCCUCUUUCCCCACGCCCCUCUGCUACCUUUUACUUCUCUUCCUUUUCUAUGCUCUUCCUCCUGCCCUCUGGUCUUUCCUCUUUUUUUUUUCACCCCCAGGUGAUCGAGCUGGUCCAGAAAUAUGGAGCCAAGCGCUGGUCAGUGAUUGCCAAGCACCUAAAGGGUCGUAUUGGAAAGCAGUGCCGCGAGCGCUGGCAUAACCACCUGAACCCAGAGGUAAAGAAGACAUCCUGGACCGAGGAGGAGGACAGGAUCAUCUACCAGGCGCAUGAGAAGCUGGGCAACCGCUGGGCUGAGAUUGCUAAGCUGCUACCUGGCAGGUGAGGCAGAGAAGGGGAAGAGAGAAAGGUGGAAAAAGGGGAAGCUAGAUGAAUCACUGAAAACCAUAUUGGUCAGCUGUGCAAUGUUGUGGUAGAGAGGGUGAAAGGGCAGAGAGGACAACAAGGGAGGAAUAAGAGAAGACACAAGUGAGCUGAUGUCAGGAAAUGAUAUUAAUGUGAAUAUUUGAGAGUUUUUGAAGUAAGUUAGAGAAAAAAAAAGGCCUGGAAUUGGGAGCAAAGAGAAAAGAGAAAAACAAGCAAAAAGAUGUGGUAGUUUUGUCUUGAUUAUAAUUACUCUGCACUGAUAGCCUUAUCAAUUCUGUGUCUGUGUGACAGUGAUAGCCUCCUGUGUGUCUGUGUAGAUAAGACUAUCAAGGACCACUUGAGUACCAGGAUGUCUUUCCAUGUUGCACACUUGCUUCUGUGUUUCGUAAUCAAUUACCCGCGAGCUAACAUGUGCUAUCCAUGACCGUCCAGGACUGACAACGCGAUAAAGAACCACUGGAACUCCACCAUGAGGCGAAAGGUGGAACAGGAGGGCUAUCUGCAGAGCUCAGCCAAGAACAGCAACUCCUCACUCUCCAUCAGCCACGGCUACAUCAAGACCAACAGCCACAUCAUGAGUUUCCCUCAUCACUCGCCCAGUCAUGCACAGCUGCCUCCAUCGCCACCACUAAACUACACAUACAUCACCGAAACACACAGAGUGAGUGAGAGUUGUCAAUUUUACAAACCAGAGAAUUACACUACAGGUUGUUCAAUCGUCUAAUGGUGCUGGUUUCUGAUUGUCUUAACAGGUACCGUUCCCAUUAGCCCUGCAUUUGAACAUCAUGAAUAUCCCCCAGCCUGCAACCGCUGCUAUACAGGUAAGCAAGAGUAUACUGCUCAAUUAUUUCCUUUAGGUUUGGUCUACAUGGAAGAGAGGAUUGGAGUUUUGAAUUGUGGCUAAAAUUUGUUCCUCAUUGCAAAUUUUUAGAGACACUAUAGUGAGGAGGACCCUGAGAAGGAGCAGAGGGUGAAAGAAAUCGAACGGCUUCUCAUGUCAACAGAAGACGAGCUGAGAGGCCAGCCUUCACUACCAGUGAGUACUGAGCAUGCGUGUGUGUAUAUGUGUGUGUGGAAGUGUGACAGCAACAAUUGAUGUGCAUGAGUGUUUGACCCUGGCUGUGAGGACAGUGGUUAGAUGUGUGUGUGUGCGAAUGAGGAGGAGGAAACAUCUGGGGGGUCUGUUUCUGCAAAAGAAAUGAUGAAACAGGACCUUAUCGCCAUUUUUUGGUGCACGUCCCUGACAGCUUGUGCAACACCACACAACACUUCUCUCAGUCUUUAUAUUAAAGUUCCUUUUCUUCUUCUCUUUUUGCUCUUUUGUUCAUUUUCACACCUCUUCCCUUAUUGUCAGGCUUGCAUUUUUUGUCUUGUGCGUGUGUGACACUUUUUUUUAACAUUCACCGCUCUGUGUCUGUGUGUAUGCUUGUAUUUUCCAGAGGGUUAUUCUGUGGUAGCUAUAUCCCUCCCUCACUCUUUUAUACUUUUCUCCCCCCUCCUCUAGAUGACUUUGCCGUACCCGAGCUGGAUCUGCCAUAGCUCUUUGACUGACAGCUCAGAAGGCAUGGGAAUGUUAUUACCUCAUCACCAGGCGGCUGCUCCCGCCCUGCCUCUGGACCAGAGCUGCCUACCUGAGGAGAGCGCGUCUGCAGCACGGGCCCACAGCAACAACAACCGCAACAGUAACAACAACAACAACAACGGCAGCAACAGCCAUCACAGCAGUCCAGCCUUCUCAAAUACGAUGCCAGAGUUUAUGGAGUCUGUCAUUGACUCAGUAAGUAUCUGCAUUUAGUUCAUUCUAAGUCAUUUGUUCUUUAUUUUUCUGUCUUAAAAUAAAAUAGCUUAGUAACUAGGGACAUAGAUUUGGCUUAAAAAUGGGCCUUGACCCAUAAUUUCCCGCCCUUUUUCUAGAGCCUCUCCUCACUAGAGGAAAGGAGCGCUCUCAGAACGGACAGGGUUUCACCCAGUCAAAGCUCAAGGACUGCUCACGAAGUGUGGGCAGGUCUCAUCUGUACAACUCCCAAGCCUCCAGCAGGCAGAAACCUCCCCUUUUCACCCUCACAGGUAGUUGAAGUAGUUUAGCAUGAUCAGAACCUAUCCAAUCACUUUCCUGCUACCUGAUCACAUCUGAAGCUGAUUAUUUAGAGUUAGUAUUUCUGCUGGUUUUCCUCUUAUUUCAUUAAGCAGCUCCUCAUCGCUUCUCUCCUUGUAGACUUUACGAUUCUCACAAUUGUACAUCCAUGAUUUGCCACAUUAUAAGUGUUAAGGGAAAAUCCAUGACUUAAUAUGUUUUCAUUUUUUGUAUUUUACAGUUUCUCAACCAGUCAAUGAGCUCUGAGCACUCUGACAAUGACAGCGUACCCAUGAGCUCGCCUGUGGACACCAAGCCUCUGAUCGACCCCAGUAUCAGGCCCCAGAAGGAGAAUGAAAUGUGAGUGCUUUUAUUUCUCACAUGUUAUCGUACAGUCAGCUAAAAAAGUGUAGAGAGAGUGGCUUUACAAACAGUUCCUUUCUCUCUCUGUAGGUUCAGAACUCCAAAUAUCCGCCGCUCAAUCCUCGAGUCGUCUCCCUGUACACCCACACCUUUCAGGUCAUCCCUUGCCUUGCAGGAGGCCAAGUACGGACCCCUCAAACUACUGGUGAGUCUUUAAAAUGUAACUUUGAUCUCUGUUUUGUUUGGUACUGUGUUCCUGGGACUAAAUGUAGUGUUUGUGUCCUUUCCAGAACACCCCUAUGGAGCAGCAGAUGGUGGAGUCCAUCAAACAGGAGCCGAUGGAGUGUGCUAUUGAGCAGCCUCCUCUGAAGAAGAUCAAACAAGAGGUACUUUCCAUUCAGCAAUAAUCACGUACACCAAAAAAACACACCGACAAGUGUGAGACUGACGUGAGAAGUUUUAGUUUUUAUGUUGAGAAAGCAAAGCAGAAGGUUGAGCUCACUUUCAGUUUUGAGUUACACUUGAAAAUGUGGGCACUUUUUUGUCAGGUGUUACAGCACAUUCUCAGUUUACUGGAAGAAUCUUUCUAAAAAGUUCGGGCAAGACUCUUGGUAAUAAUUGAAUGUGUUUUUGGAUGGCAGGUGGAGUCUCCAUGUGAGAGGAGCCCAUGUAUGCAGUGGGAAGGUCAAGACCUCCAUACACAGCUCUUCUCUCCCAGCGGCCCUGCACAGGAAGUACCUGUAAGUUUUAAACUUUGACUUCCUCCAUAACUUCAAAUCCCAAACCUUAAACUUUACCCCCCAAAAUUAGUCCUUUGUAGUCUUCUCUAGUAUUUGUGUGAAUCAUCAUGACUUCUGUUGAUUAUACUUUUCUAUUUUCCUUUAGGACCUUCUCACCAGCUCCAUAUUGAGUGACGAUGCACACAAAGCCUUCCACUCCUCUCACAGAGGCAUGAGCAGCCCACUACAGGUAAGUUCCACUUUACAAACAAGCUUCGACUGAGUUGUGGUGAUUCGUCUUUUGCCAGAAAAACUCACCACCCUCUCUUUCUCUUGUCAGCAGCAGCUCAGUUCCUGGGAGCAGGCGACCUGUGGGAAAACUGAGGAGCACAUUCUGGGCUCUGAGCAGAGCCACAAGUACAUCAACACUUAUUCUGCGAGGACGCUGGUCAUGUAGGCAGAGACACAUGUUGAUCCUGAAACAUCAACAGUCCCUGUGCUGGACGCAGAGCAGCGGGGUACAUAUUUGUUGUGGUACAACAGUUGGGAGAGGCUCUAUGCCACUUGGUGUUUAUACACUCACACUCGUUGGAUUUCAACCAACCAAAGACUAUAGACUUUUUCUGUUUUUUAAAUCCUUUCCUAUAGAACUUGCUUCUUGGUUUGUAGAAACGUGCGUCUGACCCCUUUUGGUCCUGUCACUGUAUUAUUAUAAAUGUUUGUAUUAUAAAUGGGAAAUGGUGGCUAUAUAAUUUCAUUGGGCUGUAUUAUUAAUUCUGAAUUUUGAUAUUAAUAUAAUGAACAAGUUGAUUAAUUUAUUUCUUUUAUUUUAAUAAUGACUUUGUUGUUGUUGGUAUUUUACAAUUGGCCACUAGAGCAGUGUUGUAAGUUAAGUAUUUAAGCCCUGUUAGCAUUAUCAUGAAUCCAAAGGCAUAUUCAUUUAUUCAAAACUGACCUCUGUAUUUCAGUCAUGAGACGUUUCCAUUAUUUUGAUGUCAUUAUGUUUAAAGCUACACUGGGUCUACUGAGAAUUUCAAGUGUUGGGUCUGUGCCACCUCAAGUUAACACUUAACUACAGCUUAAUGUGUUCCUCCAUCAUGUUUCACUGCGAACCAUGUUUUACAAAACCAGUCUUAUUAGUAUUACCUUAUUACCACAUUGGCACCUUUAUUUCAUAGAAACUGAGUUUUCAUUUCAAUUUUGAUAUUUUUAUCAGAAAACAUUCGAUGAACAAACAUUAUAUUUGUGAUAAUUUCAGAACAUGAGGUGCAUGUCUACAUUUGAACCGUGAGCUUCGCCCAGUAAGAGUAAGACCAAGCUGCACUUGAAUUUUCUAUUAUCCGUAGAAAGCGAGAGUACUAAACACUGAUGUUUUAUAUGUUUUGUUACAAACAAAAGCCCAAUUGAAAGUUGUAUGUUUGAUGUUUUUUUAAACAUUUCUAUGAAUAGUUUUGUACCAUUUUGUAAUGCAUACUCUAUCAGCGUUUGCUUUCUUACUGAGACUGCAGUAGCCCAUGUCAAACACUUAGCAGACAAUCUUUUUAUAAUGCCUUUUUAUACUAGCUUUUUUGAGCAAAAUGAUUUUAUAAAAGCAUUUAUACAUGCCAAGUUUUCAUGUUUUUUACUUUUAUAAACUGCCUUGUAAAUAAAGUGUGUUUUUUUAUACCAGCCUUGUGUUUAGUGUCCUAUUUCCAUAAAGAAAAGGUUGCAUUUCCACUCAGAUCAUGAAAUACACGGCACAACAUUUCCUAGUAUUUAAGCGGUAAAUAUGCUUUUAUCAGUCAGAAUUGAAGUACAAAUAGCCUGUAGUUGUUUAAAUUACAAGUGUAAAUAGCACAGCGAAGGCUCUCUGUUGUCUGGAGCAAUUCCUCUGUUUAAUGUGAACGAACUGUUUGCUCUUCCAUGUCUCUAAAGUGUACCCUAUCUCUAGUAUUCAAAUUUUUUGUUAGGACUGUAGUAUUCAAAUACUCCACCCUUAACUCCCACGUAAUACAAUCUAUAUUGAUAUAGAGUUGUACAGAGUGUAUCAUAAAGCCUUCCCAUCUGCCAAGUACAAC